AUGGAAACUGAAAUUGAAGAGCACAUUUCACAAAAAUAUGAAAUUAAAAAACGUCUUGGCAAAGGGGCUUAUGGGAUUGUCUGGAAAGUAGCUGACAAAAAGACAAGAAAAAUUUUGGCACUGAAGAAAAUAUUUGAUGCAUUUAGAAAUCGAACUGACGCCCAGAGAACAUUUCGAGAGAUAAUGUUCCUCAUGGCAUUCGGAGAUCAUCCCAAUAUCAUUAAAUUGUAUGAUGUCCUAAAAGCUCACAACAACAAAGAUAUCUAUCUGGUGUUUGAACACAUGGAGACAGAUUUGCAUAAUGUGAUAAAGAAAGGUGAUAUAUUGCAAGAUAUUCACGUGCGGUUUGUCAUGUAUCAACUCUUUAAAGCCUUGAAAUACCUACAUUCUGGAAAUGUUAUUCAUCGAGAUUUAAAACCAUCAAAUGUCCUGCUGAACAGUGAAUGUCAGGUUAAGAUGUGUGAUUUUGGACUCGCCCGAUCGCUUUCGCAGAUUCCGGUUGAUGAGGAGGGCUCUCCUAACCUCACCGAGUACAUCGCCACCAGAUGGUACAGGGCGCCUGAAAUAUUGCUGGCAUCCCACAGGUACACGGCAGGCAUCGACCAAUGGAGCAUGGGUUGCAUUCUUGGGGAAAUGUUUCUCGGAAAACCUCUUUUCCCUGGUUCUUCCACUCUCAAUCAGCUGGAAAGAAUCAUGUCCAUUAUCGAUAGACCAUCGCAAAAAGAUAUUGAAAGCAUGCAGUCUGAUUACGGAGCCACAGUCACUGAAGCCACUUCAAUUGUUUACAGAUCUCUUGAGGAACUGUUCCCUGCACGUGAUGAAGAUGGAUUCCACAUGCUGAAAAAUCUCCUACAAUUCAAUCCAGAUAAGAGGCUGACUUCAGAUCAAGCUUUAAAGCAUCCUUACGUAUUCAAGUUUCACAAGUCAGGCGAGGUGAUGGCGAUGGACCAUGAAGUGCUGCCGAUGCUGGAUGAUGCUGUCCAGCUAUCUCUCGAUCAAUACAGAGAUAAGUUGUAUUCCGUAGGUCUU